UUCUGAGAGGAGUCCUAUCAGAGAGAGAGAGAAGGAUAGAAGAAGAGAAAGAGAGGGAGAGAGAGAGAGAGGGGGGUGGGAAGGACAGAAAGAGAACGAGAGAGAAAGAAAGAAGUUUAGAAGGAGAGAAAGAGAGGGACAGAAGAAGAGAGACAAAGAGAAAAAGAGAGAGAAAUAUAUACGGAUAGAAAGAGGGUAAGAGAGAGAACGAGAGAGGGAGGAAGAACAGAAAAAGAAGGAUAGAGAUAAGUUUAGAAAGAGAGAAAGACAAAUAAAGAGAGAGAGAAACAGAGAGAGAGAUAGGGAUAUAAAUAGAGAUAGAGAGAGUAAUGGAGUACUGGAAGCAGUGCACUCUGUGGCUGAUAGAGUGCCGGGUGCUGCCUGCCACUCACCGGGUGAUGGCGGACUGGGCGCAGGUGUUUGACCUGGCACAGACUCUGAGGGACGGGGUGCUGCUCUGCCAGCUGCUCAACAACCUGCGGCCGGAUACAAUCAACCUCAAACAGAUCAACCUCAGGCCUCAGAUGUCCCAGUUUCUGUGUUUGAAGAAUAUCCGGACGUUUUUAUCGGCCUGCUGUGAAACUUUUAACAUGAAGAAGAACGAACUCUUCGACGCCUUCGACCUGUUCGACGUACGAGACUUCGAAAAGGUGAUCGACACUCUUUCUAAACUGUCUCACACCUCUAUAGCCCUGCAGUCUGGAAUACGGCCGUUCCCGACGGAGGAGAGUGUGGAGAAUGAGGAUAUCUACAUCCACCUGGCGGAUCUGAUGGAUGAGCAGGUGCUGGAGGAUGUGUAUGAUCCGGUGUACGGUGAUGUUGAGGGAGGAGAGAUUUAUGAAGAUCUGAUGAGAACAGAAGCUGCAGCUCACACGCAGAAGCAGGUGGAGGUGGAUGUGAGGAGCUGUUGUCUGUUGGAGAUUAAACAGACGGAGGCGAAGUACACCGAGACGCUGGAGUCCAUCGAGAAAUUCUUCUUGAUUCCUCUGAGGAAGUUCAUGUCUGCAGCAGAUCACAGCAAAGUCUUCCUCAACAUACCGGAUCUGGUAAAAGUACAUAAAAGUCUGGUGGUGGAUCUUCAGGACUCCAUCCAGCACAAAAACGCCUCCAACCUCAGUCAGAUCUUCCUGAUUUAUAAGGACAGGCUCCUGAUCUAUGGGGUUUACUGCAGUCAGGUGGAAACAGCCAUCGCUAUGGUGGACUUCCUGUGUAAAAACAAAGAGGAUAUACGUCUGAAAUUAGAGGAAUGUUCUAAGAGAGCUAAUAAUGGGAAAUUCACUCUGAGGGAUCUACUGGUGGUUCCCAUGCAGAGAGUCCUGAAAUACCCCCUCCUACUGCAGGAACUGGUGAAACACACUCAGGACUCCUCAGAGAAGAACCAGCUACGCCUGGCGCUGGACGCCAUGAGGGAUUUAGCGCAGUAUGUAAAUGAGGUGAAGCGUGAUAAUGAGACUCUGCGGGAGAUCGAUCAAUACCAGAGAUCAAUCGAGAACCUGAAUCAGUCGUUGUUGAUGUACGGACGACCGAAAGGAGACGGAGAAGUUCGACUGGCUUCAAACGUAGACAAACGCAGACAAGACAGGCACAUCUUCCUGUUUGACGUGGCGGUGAUCGUGUGUAAACGCCGGGGGGAUAAUUACGAGAUGAAGGACGUGAUCGACCUGAACCACUACAAGAUCACCAACAACCCCACCACUGAUAAAGACUGCAGGAAGUGGUGCUUCGGGUUCUAUCUGACCCACCAGAAGGGGGCGACCGGCUUCGAGCUUUUCUUCAAAACUAAAGAGCUGAAGAAGAAAUGGUUGGAUCAGUUCCAGAUGGCCAUGUCCAACAUCCGGCCUGAGAACGCCACCUACAACUCUCACCUGUUCCAGAUGCACACCUUCCAGCGCGUCACCACCUGCAGCUCCUGCCACAUGCUGCUCAGGGGGAUCUUUAAUCAGGGUUAUCUGUGUCCUAAAUGUGGAACUGGGGCUCAUAAGGAGUGUCUGGGCAGACUGGGAGCGUGUGGACGAGCUGAUGGUCUGACACCUAAAACUCAGAGAGAGAUCACCCCCCGAACACGCUCCGACCCAGGCUUGCCGAAAAUGCUGGUAAUUAGAGAUUACCUGGGAGCUCCGCCCCCUCCCGGCGGCCCGCCUCUCACCUUUCAGGUUGGUGAUGUCAUCGAGGUCAUCAGUGCCGACCUGCACAGCUACUGGUGGCAGGGUAAACUCCCGGAGACGAGGGAGGCGGGGUUCUUCCCGAGCGACGCCGUGCGGCCCUGCCCCUGCGUUCCGAGGCAGGUGGAUUACUCCUCUCAGCUCUGGUUUGCAGGAUUGAUGGAGCGUCACCGAGCCGAGUCUGAACUGAUAGAGCGAGAGAACAGCACCUACCUGAUCCGACACCGCAGCCGCGAGAGCAGCGAAUACGCCAUCAGCAUCAAGUACAAUAAUGAAGUAAAGCACAUUAAGAUUCUGACCAAAGAUGGCUGCUUUUACAUCGCCGAGGGGCGAACCUUUAAAACCGUGCUGGGUUUGGUUGAAUACUAUAAGCUGCACUCACUCAGAGAAGGGUUCAGAAGUAUGGACACGACUCUGAAGAUUCCGUACAGAGCGACGGCCGGAGACUCCAACACUGCAGAUCCUACAGCUCCAGUGCUCUGCAGCCUCACCGCUUUCCCUCACAUCAGCUCCAGCUUUAUCGCUCCAUCCAACUCACCCUUCUGGUCAGUGUUUUGUCCUCGGGUGGUGAGUAUUGCUCUUGCCCGGUAUGACUUCAGCUCCAGAGAUAUGAGGGAACUGUCUCUGCAGGUGGGGGAUCUCGUGAAGAUUUAUACCAAGUGUGAAAACGGCUGGUGGAGAGGAGAGGUCAAUGGCCAGGUGGGCUGGUUCCCUUCUACUUAUGUGGAAGAAGAGGAAUGACCAAUCAGAAGAGCUUCUACUGUACAUGGACUCCAAAAACCACUGGACAGAUGCUGGACGUCUCUGUGGAGGACAUUGCAAUUCAGUUUUAAGAUUUAUUUGUAUGGUACUUUUAACAGCAGAAAGAUUGAAAUGAUGAAAUGAUGAGAUGAUGAGAUGAUGAUGACCCAGAGCAUCAUUGAGCAUCAUCUCCAGGAAAACGUCUCACAGCACUUUUACUGAAGCAUCGAGAGUUCCGUCGUCUUCAGGGUCUGAUUGGACACGGAGAUGCUAAUCCGUUGCUGUUGGCGAAUCAGGAAGGGCGAGGACUCUUAGUUCAGGUUACCAAUAACAGGGCUUGGUCUGUAUACGGGCUACAGGUGUAGGUGAUUCAAAACCAUUUUGUUUUGCAUUAAAAUACGUUUUUUUACAGUCUGAGGUUUUGGAGAAUCUGCCUUUACUCUGUGCUCUUAAUAACUCCAUGAUUUCAGAUCAGUUUUAGGAAAAAAUCGACAUAAAACUAGACAACCGUAACAAAAUGAAAAGGUUUGGAGGACACAGUUUUUGGUUUGUUGAUUUGUAUUCAUUUCAUUUUUUUCUCAAAAAAAUAAAGUUUAGGAACAUGCCAAUUUAAUAAAUUGUAUUCACUGUAUUUUGAAACUUGCAGAUUUAAAAUAUAUUUUUUAUUACAAUUAGUUUAGAUUUUUAGUUAUGUUUCUUCUCAAACAUGAAAUCUUUUUAUGUAAUUUUAUUUUUGAAUAGAAAUGAUUGAGAUAUAGGUGUGUAAUAUCACAAAAAAGCCAGCCUGUCCUUCACAUCUCUAACAUCCUACUUGUAUAGUAAAUGAAUUGCAGAAAAAAUGUGUAUUAAACUUACAAAACGAUCUAUAAAAGGAAAAAAACGUAAAAAAGAUUGUCAAAACAUGGCUUAUAUUUAUAUAUACAGUUGCAAGAAAAAAUAUGUGAACU